AUGUAUUAUUCCCACUCGAUAGGACGACGAGCAUUCAGUAUAGAAAGGAGAACUUUGGUGGAUAACAUUCCUCCAAGGCCGUCGAGAUCUCUUGCGGGGAAAGUCGCUAUCGUGACAGGAGCGGGUUGCGAAGGUGAUGGCCUUGGUAACGGUCGAGCAAUUUCGAUUAUGUUGGCCGAGGAUGGAGCCUCUGUCGUGUGUGCGGAUGUGCACCCCUCGUGGGCUAAACGCACCAGCGCCAUGAUAGAAGCAGAAGGCAAAGGUGAGAGUAUUAGCUGCCAGGGCGACGUUACGAAGCCUAUCCAUUGCCAAAACAUUGUAGAUGCGGCGCUGUCCAAUUUUGGGCGAAUUGACAUUCUGGUCAACAACGUAGGCAUCAUGGGCGCCAGAGGCACUGCGACGGAAUUUGACUUGGAUCAGUGGCGUCGUGGGCUCGACGUAAAUGUCACAAGUAUGGCAAACAUGGUCAAGUUUGUCGUGCCCGAAAUGCGUAAGAAUACCGAGUCGCCGGAAGGGAUUCGAGGAAGUAUUGUUAAUAUUGGAUCGGUCGCGGGAUUAGUAGGGGGCACUCCCCAUUUGCUAUAUCCGACAAGCAAGGGUGCUGUUCUGAACAUGACGCGUGCCAUGGCAGCGCAUCACGGAUCGGAUGGUAUUCGCGUGAACUGUGUCUGCCCAGGUUAUCUCUAUACGCCCAUGAUAUAUGCAAAAGGAAUAAGCGCACAAACUCGAGAAGCGCGAAGAGACGGGACUCUCCUGCGAACAGAAGGUAACGCAUGGGACUGUGCAACGGCGGUUAGGUUCCUGGCUAGUGAGCAAGCUCGUUGGAUCACUGGGAGUAAUAUCACGGUAGACGCCGGAACAACGGCCGUGUCUGCUAUCGAACAUGUGUAAAGGCAUAUUAAGUUCCGCAAAGUAUUUGCUAGAAGAUCAUUGGAGUGAUAAUUAUGUGAAUGGUGAAAUCAAGUGUAUGUACCUACGUUGGUAUGUACACAUCCAGCUAUCAACUCAUAGAUACAAGCUCUAGGAUAAUCGAACCAACUCUACGAAUCAUAGGCUCACAUCUAGUGGAAUGGGCAACGCUUCUCAGCACGCUUCUCGGAAGGCCUCUCAGUACGCUUCGAAAUCUUGCCAGGUGAUUGGGGGAAAUGCUGAGCCUCGAUAAUCUUAUCCAUCAGAUUGGUCAGGUCAUCUUUCGUCAUGGGUUCCUUCAUCUUUGAGAAACCAAGCUCAUAAGGUAAGCGUUCGUUUUCUAUAAAAGUUGCCCCGUUAGCUUCUAAAUGCACUCAUAAAUUAUUAGACAUCAUCGCCUUACCGAACAAGUACUCCACGUAGGUCUUCGGGACGGUGCCGGUCUCCUUAGACCCUAGAAUGGCGAGAUAUGCAACUGACUCGCCUAUACUGAAGUCUGAACCCAAGUUUGAAAGCGAGUACUCGGGGUUCGUAAGGUUCGAAGUCAUAAGACGGGCCACACGCGCGUUGGCUGCCAUCUGUAUAGUAAUUAUGUCUCCGGUCCAGUACGACUUGGUCUCGUUAAAGACAGCCUCGUUAAAGACGUCCGGAGGACCAAAGUAAGAAUCCUGACGACUACGGGACC